AUGGCAAUGCCAAAUGACGUGUGGGACGAAAUCUCCCAGGACAUUCCCUCCGCCUCAGAUCCUUUUAUUCAGCAGUACAUGGCUGGCCGUGAAAACCUCAUCAAUCAAGAAAAGACGUCGCGCUCGGAUACUUCCUUUAGAAAGUCGCUCUCGCCAAUCGCCAAAAGGGCCUGCACCAUCGUCGACCGAAUCCGCAGCCAUGAGCACAAGACCGUCUGGACGCCAGAUGUGGAAGAGCACAUGGCCCAGACCAGCCAUGAGUGCAUCUUUCCUGGCAUGAUGUUCAUGUUUGCCAAGGACCGUAUGGAGAGUACCAACCUGUGGAAAAUUGUCAGAAAGAUGCCCAAAGGAUGUCUCUUGCAUUCCCACAUGGAUGCCAUGGUCAACUUUGACUAUCUCCUUGACGUGCUGCUCGGUACCCCUGGAAUACACAUGUCAAGCGACAGGCCGCUCAGGGGCAAGGAUGCACUGGAAAAUGCUGCCAUGAACUUCCGGUACAAGUCAAGUGAGAGGACUGACGGCUCGCUUUGGGAAGCGUCUUACAAGCCCCAAACUUUCAUCCUGCUCACCAAGGCGGCGGAUGAAUUUCCUGAUGGCGGACGCCAAGGAUUUCUCCGCUGGUUGAAAAGCCGCUGCACAUUGUCAACGACCGACAGCCACGAGCAUCAUCACGGCAUCGAUGCCAUAUGGCGAAAGUUUGCGAAAUGCUUCAUUGUCGUCGCCACCAUCAUCCACUAUGAGCCCAUCUUCCGCGCUUUUCUGCGGCGUUUGAUGAGCCAGCUGAAGUCGGACGGAGUAAACUGGGUUGAGCUCAGGUUUACCUGGCCGCUAGAUUAUUGUCGUGACCGCCAGGAAGAGCCGGAGCAGGAUUACAGCCACAUGUUCAAGGUCAUUGAAGAAGAGGUCGCCAGGUUCAAAGCCUCCCCAGAAGGGGAAGGGUUCUGGGGUUUGACGACCAUUUGGACGACGCUGCGAAGUAUCGAUACAAGACCCCUAAUCGAAAAUAUGGAUCACUGCAUCACAACUAAAAUGGAGUUUCCGCACCUCAUUGCUGGAUAUGAUUUGGUUGGACCAGAGGAUCUUGGAAAACCCCUCGUGGAUGUGCUACCAGAGCUAUUUUGGUUUCGAAAACAAUGCGCCCAGGAAGGGAUCAAUAUUCCCUUCUUCUUCCACGCCGGCGAAACCCUGGGGGACGGCAACAGCACCGAUUCUAACCUGUUUGAUGCCAUCCUGCUCGGAACAAGACGCAUUGGCCACGCGUACAGCUUAUACAAACAUCCGUUGUUGAUUGACAUGGUCAAGGAUAAACGCAUUCUCGUUGAAUCAUGCCCGAUUUCAAACGAAGUGCUCCGUCUCUGCGGCUCCGUGCUCGCACACCCCUUGCCCGCGCUGCUAGCUCGCGGAGUAGCAUGCUGCCUUUGCAACGACGACCCGGCCAUGCUCGGCCAGGACACAGCCGGCAUGUCGCACGACUUUUGGCAGGCUCUCCAGGGCUGGGAUAAUCUUGGGCUCGCUGGCCUGGGAAGUCUGGCGGAGAACAGUGUGAGGUGGGCCGCCUUUGAAGAUCAAGAAGCCGCGGCGUGGGCAAACGACAUUCGCCAAGCAAGCCUAGGCAGCGGCAUCAAGGCGGAGCGGCUGAAACAGUGGCAAGUUGAGUGGGAGCAGUUUUGUCUAUGGAUCGUGACUGAAUUCGGUGACGAGUUCGACCCGGAAGGAGAGACUACAGGAGCGGCUGAAGCUGAAGCACAGGCAUCAUAA